AGGAGGAGGAGGAUGACGCCAGCAGAGGCUGCAGAGAUGCUAACAGCAUCGACACACAAACACACACAAACAGGAGCUAACUGCUAAUACAGACAGACAGGCAGACAGGCAGACAGGCAGACAGACAGUCAGUCAGACAGAGAGCAAGACAGACAGGUGGAGAAAGGCUGAUGCUGACAGCAGCACUCAAACACACACACACACACACACACAGUGAGCUGCAGUGAAGCUAGCUGUUAGCAUGCUCAGGAUAGGAGGCUAACCUGCUGACACAAACGCACACACACACACACACACAGUGAUGCAGUGUCUGAGGCUUCCUAUUGGACGGUCCAGAUGUAGUCAGACUUUAGAUUGACGGACAGCUCGUUGGGGGGGCAGAGCCUGCAGGUGGUGGUGAUGUCAAAGCGAGGAGCUGGGGGGCGGGGAAAGGGGGAGCGACCUGACGCCAUGGCAACUCUUCAAGCAGCCAAUGAGGAGCUAAGAGCCAAACUGACAGACAUCCAGAUAGAACUACAACAAGAGAAGAACAAGGUCAGUCGUCUGGAGAGAGAGAAGAGUCAGGAACUGAAGGCGGAGCAUCACCGGGCGACAGUCACCCUGACGGAGCUAAAGACCAAACUCCACGAGGAGAAGCAGAAGGAGCUAGCGAUUACCAGGGAGACAUUGCUACGACAACACGAGAUGGAGCUGAUGAGAGUCAUCAAGAUCAAAGAUGGAGAGAUUCAACGUCUGAACGGACUGGUGCUAACGCUGAGGGACGGAUCCAUGGACAAGGUAAGGAGCGCCCUGCUGGCAGAGGUGGAGGAAACGAGACGGAGCUGGGAGGUGGAGCGUUGUCGCCUGCAGCAGGAAAUUCAGGAGCUGAGAGGAGCCAAGAGGAGCGCUGAGGAUGCUCUGACAUCGGCUCAGCAGGCCUGCCAGGCCCGAGCCGCUGAACUGAGAUCAGCUCAUCACCAACACCAGGAGGAGCUGAACCGGACCAAGAGAGACUGUGAGAGGGAGAUCCGGAGACUGAUGGAUGAGAUAAAGCUGAAGGACAGAGCUGUCAGUGUAUUGGAUAAAGCCCUUGGGCUGCAGGCUGGACACGCCCACCGCCUCCAGCUGCAGACUCAGGCUGCCGAGCAGCAAAUCGCAGCCCUGAGAGACGCACAGAGGGCGGGGCUAAAUCACCCUGGUCAAGCCCCUAACUCCGCCCCUAACACGCCUCCUCACAUUUCUCAGGAGGAUCGGGACACUCGGAGGUUUCAGUUAAAAAUCGCUGAGCUCAGCGCCGUUGUCAGGAAGCUGGAGGAUCGAAACGCACUUCUGUCUGAAGAACGCAACGAACUGCUGAAGCGUCUGAGGGAGGCAGAGAGUCAGUUUCUUCCUCUUCUGGACAAAAACAAACGUCUGAGCAGGAAGAAUGAGGAGCUGGCGCUCGCGCUGCGUCGCCUCGACAACAAGCUGCGCUUUGUCACCCAGGAGAACCUGGAGAUGGUAACUAUGAGGAGACCAAGUUCUUUAAACGACCUGGACCGCAGCCACUCCACUAGUUACCAUGGUUACAGCCAGGAGGAGAGAGAGAUGGAGUUUCUACGGUUACAAGUUCUGGAGCAGCAACACAUCAUCGACGACCUGUCCAAGGCUUUGGAGACAGCUGGUUAUGUAAAGAAUGUUAUAGAGAGAGACAUGUUACUGAGGUACAGACGUCAGGACUCAGUGAGGAGGAAACGAACCUUCAGAGCCUGCAGGGUCAUUGAGACGUUUUAUGGUUAUGAUGAAGAGGCGUCGGUGGACUCUGAUGGAUCGUCAUUGUCCUUCCACACUGACAGAACUCCAGAUACUGAACCAGAGGAGGCGUGUGUGCGUGAGGAGGCGGAGAUUCGUUACCGUCAGCUGACUCAGGAGUACCAGGCGCUACAGCGAGCGUACGCUCUGCUGGCAGAGACAAGCGGAGGAAACUAUGACGCUGAGAAGGAAAUCAAGACCAGAGAGCAGCUGCUGACUGAAAUCAGUCGAUAUGAAACUAGAGUUGCAGAUCUGGAAUCAGCGCUGAAACAACAAGGACUGGAUGUGAAGUGGGUGGAGGAGAAGCAGGCGUUGUAUCAGAGGAAUCAGGAGCUGGUGGAGAAGAUAAAGCAGAUGGAAGGUGAAGAUCUGCGGCUUAGAAAUGACAUCCAGGACGUCAAAGAUCAGAACGAGCUGCUGGAGUUUCGGAUCUUAGAGCUCGAGGAGAGGGAGCGACGCUCACCUGCCAUCAACUUCCAACAACUUUAUUUUCCGGAAGGCCUCAGUCCUCUGCAGAUCUACUGCGAGGCAGAGGGCGUUACUGAGAUUGUGAUCAGUGAGUUGAUGAAGAAGUUGGACAUUCUGGGAGAUAACGCCGUAAGUAAUCUGUCCAAUGAGGAGCAGGUGGUGGUGAUCCAUGCCAGGACGGUGCUCACUCUGGCAGAGAAGUGGUUGGAGUCUAUCGAAGUGACAAAGUCCGCUCUGCAGCAGAAGAUGUUGGACAUUGAGAGCGAGAAGGAUAUGUUCAGUAAACAGAAAGGUUACCUGGAUGAAGAGUUGGACUACAGGAAGCAGUCGAUGGACCAGGCUCAUAAGAGGAUCCUGGAGCUGGAGGCCAUGUUGUUUGAGGCUCUGCAGCAAGAGGAGGAGUCCAGGAUGGAGGGAUUAAAGAUGGAGGAAGGUCGUCUCUCUGAAACACUAACGGAGGAAGAGAGGGAGGGGCUUAGGAGAGCCAUGGACCAGUGGAAACGAACCCUGAUGUUUGAGCUGAGAGAGAGAGACGCCCAGAUCCUCCGAGAGAGGAUGGAACUACUGCAACUCACACAACAGAGGAACAAGGAGCUGGAGGAAUGUAUAGAAGCACAGAAACGACAGAUUAAAGAGCUGGAGGAGAAGUUUCUUUUUCUGUUUCUAUUCUUCUCUUUGGCCUUCAUCCUCUGGUCCUAAAAGCAGCUGGUGAGUCUCACAGCAACAUGCUUUACUGUGGUGCAGGGUUGUUCGGAUUUACAGUUGGGCAACUCCUUUUACUGCUAGGCAUCAUGGGUAACUGCAGGGUAAAAAGUCUAUGCAAGAUCCACAGGGUUUAUCUCAGGUAUAGAGGGUAUACCCCAAGUCCACAGGGUUGACUUCGGGUUCACAGAGUUUAUAAAAGUUAUACAGGGUUUACCACAGGUACACAAGGUUUACCUCAGGUACACAGGGUUGACUUCAGGUUCACAGGGUUUACUUCAGGUACACAGGGUUUACUUCAGGUACACAGGGUUUACCAGAGGUACACAGGGUUUACUUAAGGUACACAGGGUUUACUCCAGGUACACAGGGUUUACUUAGGGUACACAGGGUUUACCACAGGUACACAGGGUUCACCACAGGUACACAGGGUUUACCACAGGUACACAGGGUUUACUUCAGUUACACAGGGUUUACUCCAGGUACACAGGGUUUACCACAGGUACACAGGGUUUACCCUAGGUACACAGGGUUUACUUCAGGUACACAGGGUUUACUUCAGGUACACAGGGUUUACCACAGGUACACAGGGUUUACUUAAGGUACACAGGGUUUACUCCAGGUACACAGGGUUUUCUUAGGGUACACAGGGUUUACCACAGGUACACAGGGUUCACCACAGGUACACAGGGUUUACCACAGGUACACAGGGUUUACUUCAGUUACACAGGGUUUACUCCAGGUACACAGGGUUUACCACAGGUACACAGGGUUUACCCUAGGUACACAGGGUUUACUUCAGGUACACAUGGUUGACUUCAGGUUCACAGAGUUUAUGCAAGUUAUACAGGGUUCACCACAGGUACACAGGGUUUACUACAGGUACACAGGGUUUACCACAGGUACACAGGGUUUACUUCAGUUACACAGGGUUUACUACAGAUACACAGGUUUACUUAGGGUACACAGGGUUUACCACAGGUACACAGGGUUCCCCACAGGUACACAGGGUUUACUUCAGAUACACAGGGUUCACUACAGGUACACAGGGUUCACCACAGGUACACAGGGUUUACUUCAGGUACACAGGGUUUACUCCAGGUACACAGGGUUUACUCCAGGUACACAGGGUUUACCACAGGUACACAGGGUUUACUACAGGUACACAGGGUUUACCACAGGUACACAGGGUUUACUUCAGUUACACAGGGUUUACUGCAGAUACACAGGUUUACUUCAGGUACACAGGGUUUACUUCAGGUACACAGGGUUUACUUCAGUUACAUAGGGUUUACCACAGGUACAUAGGGUUCACCACAGGUACACAGGGUUUACCACAGGUACACAGGGUUUACUUCAGUUACACAGGGUUUACUCCAGGUACACAGGGUUUACCAUAGGUACACAAGGUUUACCCUAGGUACACAGGGUUUACUUCAGGUACACAGGGUUGACUUCAGGUUCACAGAGUUUAUGCAACUUAUACAGGGUUCACCACAGGUACACAGGGUUUACUACAGGUACACAGGGUUUACUUCAGUUACACAGGGUUUACUACAGAUACACAGGGUUUACCACAGGUACACAAGGUUUACUUAAGUUACACAGGGUUUACCACAGGUACACAGGGUUUACCCUAGGUACACAGGGUUUACUUCAGGUACACAGGGUUGACUUCAGGUUCACAGAGUUUACGCAAGUUAUACAGGGUUCACCACAGGUACACAGGGUUUACUACAGGUACACAGGGUUAACCAUAGGUACACAGGGUUUACUUCAGUUACACAGGGUUUACUAUAGAUACACAGGUUUACUUCAGGUACACAGGGUUUACUUCAGUUACAUAGGGUUUACCACAGGUACAUAGGGUUCACCACAGGUACACAGGGUUUACUUCUGUUACACAGGGUUUACUACAGAUACACAGGUUUACUUCAGGUACACAGGGUUCACCACAGGUACACAGGUUUACUUCAGGUACACAGGGUUUACUACAGGUACACAGGGUUCACCACAGGUACACAGGGUUGACUUCAGGUUCACAGAGUUUAUGCAAGUUAUACAGGGUUCACCACAGGUACACAGGGUUUACUACAGGUACACAGGGUUUACCACAGGUACACAGGGUUUACUUCAGUUACACAGGUUUUACUACAGAUACACAGGUUUACUUCAGGUACACAGGGUUUACUUAAGUUACAUAGGGUUUACUUAGGGUACACAGGGUUUACCACAGGUACACAGGGUUCCCCACAGGUACACAGGGUUUACUUCAGAUACACAGGGUUCACUACAGGUACACAGAGUUUAUGCAACUUAUACAGGGUUCCCCACAGGUACACAGGGUUUACUUCAGAUACACAGGGUUGACUUCAGGUUCACAGAGUUUAUGCAACUUAUACAGGGUUCCCCACAGGUACACAGGGUUUACUUCAGAUACACAGGGUUGACUUCAGGUUCACAGAGUUUAUGCAAGUUAUACAGGGUUCACCACAGGUACACAGGGUUUACUACAGGUACACAGGGUUUACCACAGGUACACAGGGUUUACUUCAGUUACACAGGGUUUACUACAGAUACACAGGUUUACUUCAGGUACACAGGGUUUACUUAAGUUACAUAGGGUUUACUUAGGGUACACAGGGUUUACCACAGGUACACAGGGUUCCCCACAGGUACACAGGGUUUACUUCAGAUACACAGGGUUCACUACAGGUACACAGAGUUUAUGCAACUUAUACAGGGUUCCCCACAGGUACACAGGGUUUACUUCAGAUACACAGGGUUGACUUCAGGUUCACAGAGUUUAUGCAACUUAUACAGGGUUCACCACAGGUACACAGAGUUUACUACAGGUACACAGGGUUUACUUCAGUUGCACAGGGUUUACUUCAGGUACACAGGGUUUACUCCAGGUACACAGGGUUUACUCCAGGUACACAGGGUUUACCACAGGUACAGAGGGUUUACCACAGGUACACAGGGUUUACCACAAGUACACAGGUUUUAUGAAUCAAUAUAAAGCUGAUAUUGUUGAUAUCUGAUAGUGUUGUCUCUGUUUGUCAGGUUAAAGGUUUUUACAUUCUGGUCUUUGUUUUAGUGUCUGCAGGCCUCCAGAGUCCCGCAACUGAACCCUCAGUGGUGUCAGUAUGGAUCAGACCAAUGACAGGAGGAUUCAGAAGGAUUCAGGAUUUGGAACCAGCAGUUUAUUGACUGAGGCACGUUGGCUUCACUGCCCCACUGACCUGCCUCAGGCUGCAGUCAGCCAAUCAGAGCAGAGCUCUGCUGUCAGCUGACUUUGGAACUACACCGUCACACCUCAUACAUGAAGACAAGGAUGGUUUUCACAGCAACAGAUUAAUGUUGUGUUUCAGACAAGUGAAAUCCACAACUGGCAACAUGCUAACUAGCUUCCUGUUAGCUACUGUUAGCUACAUCUGAUAUGCAGCUGACUGACUCACAUUCUGGCCUCAGGAGGCCCUCUGGACCAAAGUGGUGCUGGACUAAUACAGUUUUACCUCAGCUUGCUGGAUUCCUAUCAGUGUUAACUCAGCUAGCUGGUUUUAGACAUUUCUAGCUAAGUUGGCUGAAUUCAUACAGUUGACUCAGCUAGUUGACUUCAGUGUUAAGGUAGUUGGUUGGUCAGUUAAUUAACCUCUUUGUGGGUUAAUGAAGAUGAGUCAGUUGAAUCACUGUAGAAACACAAUAGAAACAUUAGAAACUGUUGUUAGAUGAAGUGUUCUUGUCUGUCCUGAUAUAAAUUCAGUUGAAUUUAACUUUGUUCUGAUUGGCUGUUCCACCUGCAGAUUGUAGAGCCUCUCAGCUCCACUCAUGGAUCUGAGGUUACGGUGUGUAACCUUCAUAUAGUUUCAGCCCACUAGGAUCAUCCUGGGACCAAAAACUGAUGAAGGAAGCCGUUCUUCACAACAUCAGGAGGUCUGCUGGAGGUCAAAACAAAACCAUGUCCUGAUCUGAAGAAACAAAGCAUGAAGUUUGAGUCUUGAACCAGGUUUAGGAACUGGUUUCUGCACAGAGUUUAGAUGUGAUCCAGUCUCUAGAUUAUAAUGUAGUGAGAUUUCACAGUAAAGUACAACAUCAGUUCUUUAUAGACCCCACUGAGUAAUAGAAGAUAAUUUCACAACACAAAUAAAUCUAUACAUAUAUAUUAUAUUAUUAAUUAUUAUUAUUAUAUGAAUUUAUUUUUGCUUUUACUCUGCUACCAGAGAUAAUCAGGACAUUUGAUACUGAAACGACUAUCUGAUCAAACUGAAAGUUAAUAAAGAAUAAAAGUAUAUAAGAAAUAAAAGGAUUUUCUUUUCCCUUUACAGGUAAAACUUUCCAUCUUCAAUUUAAUUUAGUCAUUUCAAGAUCAAGCUUAAAGAACCUAAUCCAUUUAAAAUGUGAAUGAUCUACUGAAGCAGAAUCAACACAAUGAAUCCGUUCUUGUUUUAAAAACUGGAUCCUGCUGUUGUACUUUUAUUAUUCCAGAUGAUAUUUUUCUAUCUCUGCUGUGAGUCUGAACUCAGUAAACAUCUUAAGAGUCGGCAGUUUGAUGUGAUUACAGAUUAAAAAUGGUGGAAACGAGA